AAAAAUUCUUAUUUUCCUCUUAUUUCGAUUUUUAUUUUGCUAUAAAUUUUUAUCAAAUGAUAGUGUGUUAUAUUAAUAUUUUAACCAAUAUGUUGUAAAGAGCUCCACCUAGACGUUCACCUUCCCGUCAAAACGACAUCCAACAAUCCAAGGGUUUAAGCACACCUUUUUACACCUUUACAAUAACCCAGAAAAUCUCUACUUCUUACUUCACUCUUUUCUGCAAAAACCCUUCAAAUCUUUUCCAAAAUUUCUACCCUUGUUUCUCUCAUCUGCAAUGAUGGAAGCUACUAAUCGAAGAUUACGAUUAAAAUUUCAUGACCCUAAUAUUUUGAGUAAAACCCAGAAGAAAAAUGGUCUCAAACAUUCAUGGUUUUUUCUCAAACCACACCAUGAGACAAUUUCUGAUGUUGCUGCAUACAUCAUUCACUCUUUUGAUCUCCAUGAAUCUUGCCCGCAUGGCCUGAUUCUCUAUAUGGAUGGAUUUGUUCUUCCACCUUUUGAGUCAACUACCAUUUUGAAGGAUAAAGAUCUAAUAAGUGUGAAAAGAAAAGGGUUGGGCUCGUGUGAAUCGAUGAAGGCAAUUGAAGAGGCAAUGCCUAGUCUUAAGGACGAAACAGUAGACAAGCAACUAUUACCUUCUGGUGUCAGGCUUUUGGGCAUUUUGGCAAAUGAGGAGUUUGACAAAGAGACUGUUGUUUACCAAAGUGUAACUGAUAAGGAUAAUGAGGCAGAGGCAUUUGUGGAAUGUGCUCCUGAUGGAGACGUUGCUUUCAAGAAGAGAAAAGAAACUAGCCCAAUUGAGAUGACUAAGAGAAAGAGACAGCGAUGCUUGACGUCUAAAGAUGUCCUAAAGAAGGACAAUGAUCAUGAGCCUAUAAAAACACUGCAGAAGAAAAGAAAGCUUGCAAAUGGGAGUAAGCAUGAAAUCGCUUUAGAUUGCACCAAUGAUUUGGAGCCAGGAUCCAAGUUCAAUGAACCUGAGGAGAAAAGGGAUGAAACGCUAAAUGGCUCUGGUGUGCCUAAAUCUAAACAGGCUUGUAGAAGUUCUCGCCGUAAGAAGUUGCAAAGGCAGUGGCGGAAACUGCGUACUUCUAAUUUGGAUGAGGAUGUUGAUCAGCAACUCCCUGCAAAUAGUCUCGGUAAAGAUUCAGGAUCUAGAAAAGAUGUGAAUACUAACAUACAACAGUUAGUUGAGGAAGAUGGUGAUGCAGAUGAUGGUGAUCUUGUCCCUGUAGAGAUUUGUCCUGGACAUGUACGCUUCAUUUCUGCUACAAAAGCAAAGGAUUUGAAUAAAAAUGAAGAAGCAAGUGGUUGGGAUCUUCAGAAGAGUCAAAAAGUAAGUGAUUGGGAUGUUCAAAAGAAUAAAGAAGCAAAUGGUUGGGGUGUUCAGAAGAAUAAAAAAAGGAAUGGUUAUGUUCAAAAAAACCAAGGAGCAAAUGGUUCGGAUCUUCAGUCAAUCGGAAAAAAGGCUUGGGAAGGUCACACAGCUAAGAAGAAUGUUUGGGGUGUUGACAAGGAUAAAAUGACAUGGGAAACAUCUUGCUGGAGCGAGAUUACAAAUAAAAGGAAAGCUAAGAACUGGGGUAAGGAGAACCAACCAGUCUCUUGGAAGGAAUCACGAGAUUAUAAUGGCCAUGCUUCUAGUUCAAGAGCUAUCACGGGGCAACCAUCUUCCUCCUGGAAACAACCAAGGGAUCGCAGCGCCUGCGCUUCUAGUACUGGAGCUUCUGGAAGAAAGCCUAAUGAUGUUUCUUUGGAAUUUGAAAAGUUCAUGCCUUUAACUGAUUUGCCGAAGGUGGGAGAUGUCAUUGCGUAUCGUUUGUUGGAGCUGUCAUCAUCUUGGUGCCCAGAGCUAACUUCAUUCCGGGUCGGAAAAAUCACUUCGUUUGAUCAAGAGUCGAAUAAAACUAUGCUGGUUCCAGAAGCACAAUACCCACUUAACCUUCCAAAAAGGGCUGUCAAAGAUCAUGCUGAUGAUGAUGACUGUGGACAACCUCCGCAACCUUCUUUCUACAAUGAAGAUGGGUCCUUAGAGAUUGAUUUCCCUUCUCUUGUAAAUGUGCGUAUUGUGAAGCGUAGUGAUUCCAUUCAAUCAGAGGGAACUGUACUCCCUGCUGCAAAUGGUACUUUUGUCCCUUCAGAAAUGAGUAAAGGCGCAUCAGAAACUGACAACCAACAGCUACAAACCCCUGCUACGCCUGUAAAUGGGAAGAAAGAUGUAUGGGAAGAGAUAAGCGACGCAUUGACUGCAAAGAAAGCACAGCUUACACAAGAGGAUAACUGGAACAAGAAACAGAGUUCGGCCAAGCAAUCGUGGUCGCACAGAACCUUGAAAAGCCGUUCACUUGGCUCUACAAUGACCAUGUUAAGAGCAUAAAAUGGUGUAUGAACCAACAAAAGGUAGACCAUGAAAUUUUGGCAAAGCCUCUAAUCUGGAACCGUGAGCCUCUGGUCUCCCUGCAUGUCUAUUUUCUUUGCGGUAAUCUUUUGGGGGUUGGUUUUUGAAUCUAAAUGUCGAUGUGCUUCCUGCGCCAUUGGCUUUGUAUCUUAAUGUAUCUAUCGAACUUGCAUCAAUGAUAUGUACAGUCGACUUGAUCCAUGGGCCAAAAAAAACACUAGAACCGAAUUUCGUCUAAAUCUUUUUUGAUUGGCCUUCAUUGUAUUUAUCUCGGAAUACAAGUUGAAAUUGCAACUCAGAUCAGGCGAAAUUGAAUUGUCACAUUUAUCUGUCCACAAUGUAGAUUUGGAUAUUUUGAUUUUUCUUUUUCAUGGGAAAAUUGAAAACAAGCACUUCCUAACGUGAGAAAUCAAAAUAGUUUUUGUAUCUAUCAAUUUCAAAUUCGCUUGUAACUUGGUGCAACUUCUAGCCAUAUAUCCUGAUUAAACCUCGAGUACUCUUUAACCGUGCUCUCGUUUCUGUUUAUGAGUUGUUGUCUUCCUUUUCUUUCUAGACUCUAAUCAUAGUUUUUAAUGUGUGGGAUACACUGGGUAUAAUCAUGAGGAUGAUAUUGUACCUCACAAGUCACAUUAAUUAAUUAGUCGGCUUAUUAGUAU